AGUGUCGGAUUUCCGAGAGUCCAUGAAGGCGUCUGGCAGGAAGUUCAAACAACUUUUGAUGUCCGGAUUCCGGACGCUCAGCAACUUCACUUGAGCUUUGCUGUCGUGUAACUUUUGUGUCCUCUGGCAUUUUAAAACCUAUCAGCAAAUAUGGUCAAAUACAAAGACUUAGAAUGGAAACAUUGUUGUGCAGGUCUGUACGUUUGUUGCCGGCGUGCGGCUGUAAGUUUAGUAAGAACACCAAGCGACUGAAUGAAGCGAGUCUGCUCGGGUUAACAUCCCCCCAGGUGUCCUUCGUUAGGAAAAGGAACUCAAGGUGUGUUGGUGUGCCCAUGGAGAAGCAAUCAUCUUCAGGCAGAGCAGCACUGGAGGAGAGAGAAGGCCUGGUGGAGGAUGGUAUGGCAUCGAGAGGUGCUGAGGGUGGAGAAGUGGAUCCUCGUACCCCGAGGAAGAGCAGCUCCUCCCGCUCCUCCCGCAAGAGCUUCCGCCUGGACUAUCGGUUGGAGGAGGAAGUGACAAAGUCCUGUCGGGACAAACAUGGCCGCUGGACCAACCCCUGGUCCACAUGGCAAUUUCCUUCCUACUCUAUGCUGCUCAGGUUCUUGUUGCUGGAUAAAAACCACAGCAAUGUACCAACUAAUAAAGAGGUCCUGGAUGGUGAGCUCCCAGUGAUGGAACCAUACUUUGUCCAGAACCCAGACCUGUCUGACUCUGGUCCUGGUCUGAGAGUCACCUGGCUGGGUCACGCCACAGUUCUGGUUGAAAUGGAUGGACUGAAUAUUCUGACAGACCCAAUCUUCAGCCAGAGGGCCUCGCCUUUCCAGUUCAUGGGGCCCAAAAGGUACCGAGGGCCCCCCUGCACUGUUGAACAGCUGCCCAGGAUCGAUGCUGUCGUCAUCAGUCAUUCUCAUUAUGACCAUCUGGACGCUGGAUCUGUGGCCAGUCUUAACACACGCUUUGGUGGAGAGUUACGCUGGUUUGUUCCGCUGGGUUUGAUGGACUGGAUGGUGAAAAUGGGCUGUGAGAAUGUGAUGGAGCUGGACUGGUGGGAGGAGAACUGUGUCCCGGGUCAUGACGACGUGACAUUUGUCUGUACACCGUCCCAGCACUGGAGCAAACGCACAGCUCUGGAUGAUAACAAGUCUUUAUGGGGCAGCUGGUCUAUUUUGGGUCCGGACCAUCGAUUCUUCUUCGCUGGUGAUACUGGCUACUGCGCUUCCUUCCAGGAGAUAGGACGACGCUUUGGACCAUUUGACCUCGCAGCAAUCCCGAUCGGAGCGUACUUACCCAGGGAUGUGAUGCAGGGGCAGCAUGUAGAUCCAGCGGAGGCUGUUCAGAUUCACCAGGACCUUCAGGCCAAACAGUCUGUGGCCAUUCACUGGGGGACCUUUGCGCUUGCCUAUGAGUACUAUAUGGAGCCGCCAGUUCGUCUCAGAGAGGCCCUGGAACAGAAGGGACUGAAACCAGAAUCCUUCUUCACCUUGCAUCAUGGGGAGUCUUGCCUCAUAGAUUCACAGGAAGGAGCUGUCUUUGACUGAUCCUCCUCUCUGUCGAGUUUUGUGGGCUGAGUUGCUGUAGAUUUGUGUCUGUAACAAAAUGCAGAACUUUUUAUCAUAUAUAGACAGACUUCAAUGAUUAAAGCAUGUUAUGUAGCUUAUCCCAACUGAAAAUUGAAAAAUGUUCAAUAAUGUUUACAUGGUGAACAAAACUACCUAGAGGAGCUCUGACUCCAUUUUUAAAAAAAAUAAGGAUUUGUUAGGUUUACACAAUAAAAAUGUUAAUUCUUUAAAAGGCAAAGAUUAGCUCAGUCAGUUUGCUGUGUACAGUUGAAAAAUCAUAAGAUUUAGAUUAAGAGAAUUUAAAUAGAUUUUAUUAGUGUUAACCAUGAAAAAUAAGCACAGGUAUCAAAACUCCUGUUUUUUUUGUAAUCCCAAAAGUAGAAACAGUUAUAAACUCAUUUUUAGAACA